AUGUCGUCGUACAAUCCAGGGCCUCGCAUACCACCGAAUGUUUCCUUUUCCCGGCAGUCAGAUGCGUCGCAUCCUGGGCUUACCAGCGACAUUAUAUUUGCCCCUCGAUUGCCCCGAUUGCAACUUGCCAGGCCAAUCAAUAACAAUUCAAGAAGCAGUCGGGGCUCACCUCUAUCGGCGGUUGAAGAUAAUAGUCAACCUGAAGCAUCUUCUAGCCAAUCAAGACGACAAUCGUUGCUACCGCGUCCAAAUACUACUGGUAUAACGUCGCCAUUAUCUCGAACCCCAGGUGUCAAAUACAAGACUCCAGUGCAGAUCAUACCGACGUCUUUAUCAGCGUCUGAUAUUAUUAAUCCACCUGAAUUAGCACCGAGACAUCACGCUCUCCCUGCCAAGCAGACUCGCAAUGUCCUUCGCAGAAAAGCCCCGACAAUAGGCAAGCACUUGGACUCAGCACAGUCUCAAAAACUUAGCUUGGUGAUUCCACAGCCUGCUUCAGUUCACGAUAUGAAGGAGUUUAGGAUGCAAGCCACCCCAGAGUUAUCACACUCAGCUGGGCCUUCGACGUCUGCAUCUUCCAAUAAUUCAAGCAGCAGGACAGAACACAGUGCAGUGGAAACGCCAAAAACACACGAGCCAGCAGAGCUUGCCAGUCUUCGCACUGUGGUUGAAAAUAGAAUGAAUCCAUUAUCUUUGUAUCCGCUCGCUAGUAGUCCCUCAACGAGGUACUCCGAGUCUCCGGGGAUGUGGAGCCGCGGCUCGACACCGACCUCAUUGUCAUCUUACUCCCCAAGUAUCAUGUUGCCAUCUAAGAUUGGGCGUCCAAGGCAGCCUAGCUCACCUCAGAUGAAACUGCCGUUUAUAUCUCCCCAACAAGCUCUUUCCAGCCCCCAAAGUGCCCAAAGUGAGCGAUCAGAACUGAGGACACAAAGAGCUGCAUUUCCGCAAAGAUCACUUGGAUAUGGAUCAAGCACAACCACUUCUGUCCUGCGAAAACCAAGUGUGACAAAAGUCCCGGCCCAUUAUCAUGGCCCAGCUCGCAGCCCACCUCCAAGGAAGUCAUCAGUGAAUUUCAGCCCUCCCAAAGGAGCUGGUCCAUCAAAUAACUCCGACAUCGAUGUUGAAAAGGCCAGAAAAGAAGUAGAGCAGGCCGAACGAGAAGUUUUCAAUUCACAAAGGAUAACAAACGAGUCUACUGUACCUAUGACUCCACCACCACGGCCGAGCAGACAAGGCACCGAUAACUUAGAGCUGGAGGCGUCCCCUGUUAUCCAAAGCAAUCUUCACUUUAUCCGAUCGACAGGCCACAAAAGGCGCGAGUCCACAGAGAGGGCCCGGAUUGUUAUCCAAGCAAAUCCGAUCCCAAGUCAAUCUGCAAAAGCUUCAAUGGACUCCUUACGCUCUAAGGAUUUGUCUAGAAUUCCUUCACGCGACACAUCUCCGGUAUUGGGUCGAAAAGGACCUCGGGUCGUGACUAGAGAGCUAUCGAGAGAAAAAGUCGAGCCGAAGAAGACAGCGACUGCAUCAAAGCGUUUUGGGAUUUUUCCAAAGAGGUCCAAGGCAGACUUAGAAGACUACGCUGCAGAACAGAGUCGGUCAGCGCGAAAGGGGCCGACAGCAGGGACUGGUCAUGAAGGAUACGGGAAGUAUGCCCAGCGUGGCAGGAAAGCGAGUGCAAGCAACGGCAAUGCUGUUCGGACUAGCUCUACAAGCACAACAAGAAGCACAUCGCGAUCGAUAUCCAGCAGCAAGGAAAGCAUGACUAGUCGGCCAGAGCUAAAUCUGGACGACUUCCUAAUGAGUCGCCUGGAACCUGUUGUGAUCAACGGAGGGGGAAUGGAUGGUGUUUCGCUUUCAGGAACUCAAAGCGAGCAAAGCAUAAGUAGUCAAAGUGUUGCCUCUUCGGGCGUACUUCAUACAACUCCACUCAGUUCUUUUAUGGGUCAAUCAACCGAUUCAUUGGGAGGAAGCUCCACGGGGACUUUGAGCGAGGCUGAUUCAACACCAUUGGUAUUGACGCAGAGUAGAAGCCCGGAAAGAAACCAAGUGGCUCAAGAUGUUUCACAACCUUGGAAAUCUCGCAUGCCGGUGCCAAAGGACAGGAGAAAUGGACUCAUUGACAGUGCUGAGGCCACUGUGCCGAAGUCUUCAAUGCCGAGUCAGAAUCCGAUCACUGUGCCACAAGAAUCACCAAAGAAGGAUAUCCAGCAUGCUAAGAAAGCGAAAUCUUCUCGCUGGAAUAUAUUCCAAAAGACUCGCACCGAAGAGCCUAAAGUGCCUGUUGCGAGCUCCCCCGAUCCUGCACCAGAAACUUCCAAGCUUCAUGCUGCAAUUACACCUGUCCUGAAAAAACGCCAUAUUGCACACUACGCACUUGUGGAUAUCGACUCUGACGAGUUUGAUGAGAUUCUGGAUACAUUGGAUGACUCACCGCUGACAGAAGAAGAAGAAGCCUUAAAAAUUACAGACAUUCCAAGUGGCCUGAAUAUCAGAAAAAAGCAACAGUCGAUAUUGUUACCAUCACCACCAAAGAUGUAUGGCGACUUCGAGACCCAUAAUCGACGCUCUCCAAAAGUGAAAUUGUAUAAUCACAAUAUGAUGAGUGAGACUGAGUCUAGUGUUGAGGCACAGCGUCCAAGACGACUAGCCUCUGUGGGUCGCAUACCUCAGGUUGUGUCGAGACGUGACAGACAGCACAAGCCGACUAUGCAAUCGUUUUCCCGGCCUUUUAAUGCAGAAUCCCCUGUUACUUUGGAUACAUGUAAUUUCAAAGGACAGUCUACCGGUGAAGUAUCCUUGCAUCAUCCUAUUGCCAACCCAUUCAGCAACGCACCAGACUGGAGCUAUAAUCCAAGUCAGACCUUUAGUGCCCCUGAACAAGUCAGUGCCUUGGAUUUUCUGGCCGGACCAUAUUCUAGCCAUGAGUUUCUCCAUUUCUCACCGAGCUCUCUGUCAUCGAGCAGUACAGUGGCUGUGGCAGCCGUGACUGCCGUCUUACCCAACAAAGGCACAGCACCGAUGGAAGAUGAGAUAUGGAAGGAAUAUGAUGAUCUGAUUGAUACUCUCUCUCCAGAAAAUUCAAAAAACAAGCAAAACGGAUCUGGAAAGGCAGAUGAUCAAGGUAAAUUCGAGCUUGCAACAGCGGCAAGCAAGGCCUUACAGGACGGGUUGAUAUUCCAGGCAGGCCCUGGAGACAAGUCAAACCGCAAUAGUGAUGUUUCUGUUCACCUACGCCGCUCCGUGAUAGCACCUGCACUGCAUUCCUCUGUUUAUGCGUCCAUUCCGCCAUUCUUCAGCAAUAAUAUUGCCGACCACGAGUCGAUUGACAAGGCACUGAGCGGCUCCUCAUACAUACCAAAGGCUUCUCCAACUACCGCUCGAGAGCAGUCGGAGCUCCUUAGCCCACCUGCCCCUGCUUCCAUCACUAAAGAAAAAACAUUGGAUGAUCGUAAAUCUAGCUUUGCUUCCUCGGAGCGGGACUGGGACACUGUGACGAGCACUAAUAUGCGAUCUGCAUCCCUUAUGACUAGUCGGUGGUUGUCUUUUGGACGAGUGCUCUUCAGUCCUGCACACAAUCACGUCAAAGAAGGAUCACGAAGAAUCCUUGUCAUUGACGGUCUCAAAAAUGACGACUGGUCUUUCUACUGCUCUCUAACCUACCCAGACGCAGAAGUGUACAGUCUGAGUGGCCAGCCAUCGACCAAAAUCUCCAAUCCAGCAGCAUGGCAACCCCCAACAAAUCACCACACUCUUUACCAUGCCAGCCUGCAGAAUCCACUCCCCUUCCCCAAGGACUUUUUCGCCGUCACAGUCCUGCGAUUCCCGGCCGCCAGUCCAGAGUCAAUCCAGAACAAUCUCAUCCAGGAAUGCAAGCGCGUUCUCUGCACAGGAGGGUACAUUGAACUCAGUCUGCUGGACAGAGACAUGGUAAACAUGGGCGUUCGCACAGGAAGAGCAGUCCGCCGCCUGAAAGAAAUGACCUGCCUCGCUGACCCGGCCAUUAGCCUCAAGCCAAGCAGUGACAGCAUCCAGCGUCUCCUCGGGACGCAAGGCUUCGACAAUCUGCGCAGAUGCAUGGUUUGCAUCCCGGUAGUAGGAGUGGUACUCCGGUCAUCAUCCUCGACAACAUCGUCAUCUCUCUCCCCAACAGCAGCUGCUUCAACCACCACUUCCAUAGCAUCUACGCUUCCAACCAUCUCCGUCACCGCAACGACAGGUUCCCAGACCAAACCAUCCUCACCAGACGAUCUAAACAUCUUCAACGUCUCACUAGGAGACCUCCUCUCAGACCCCUCCCGCUCCGCAGCAAACGACGAGUCAAUUGCCAAGAUCGUCGCCCGCGUCGGUCGCUGGUGGUAUACGAAAUGCUACGAAGACCCCGUCCUCCCGGACGAAGACAACAGCAACAGAAUGUGGAAUGACCGGCGAAUCCUCCGCGAAUGCCAGAGGCAAGGAACUGGUUUCCGAAUGCUUAUCGCUUACGCUCAGAAGCCCAGUGAGCCCAAGCGGCGCACUGCGAGCGUGUAA